UCUAAAUUUCAAAAAUUGUAAUAAAUUCUACGUUUUUAAAUUCAAACCAGACAUGACGAAAAUUUUUCAAUUAGAAUUAUUCGUUCAACAAAUAGAAUUAUGGAAAAUGCCAACAACUAGACAGGAGGAUGAAAUUUCCAUUGACGUUACCGUUUUUGACUGUAAAAGUGUUCCGAUCAAACGACAUGAUUCUGCUGAGAGCGGUAAAAAUGCCACAAUGAGUCGCGGACAGAAUUUCCUGUUCACACUGAAUGAAAUUCCUACUGACGGAAAUCAAGUAUUUUUCAACGUAUUCCAAAAUACAAACAAAAAGAAAUUAGUCGGAACUGGAACAAUUCCUAUUAACGAACUUUUCGGCGAAGUAUUUGUGGAAACUUUUAAGCAACCCGAAGUUGUGCAACCACCGGAAAAGAGUGGUCAGGACCCAUCAGACGCCACAAACAAAAAAACUGACUCAAAAACUGCUCAGAAUCAAAAACAAGAAAAACCGAAACAGAACGUGACCAAAAAGAAUUCGAAAAAGGAAAGUUUGCAGCAACAACAACAACAAAACAAAAAGGGUCAAACUUCCGACGGAAAAGGAAAUGCAGCAGCAGAUAAUACCACUCCAGAUGAAAUUCCAACGGAGAAUACCACAAAGCCAAUUGCUCCUCGCUUUUCUCCGAUCUCAAAGCUCACCAAAGAUAUUUACCCCAUAAUCGGUACCGAUUCAAAUCAAUGCGGAAUAGUUUGCAUUUUAAUGAGACUGACCAGUUUCGGUAACUUUAGCGCACAUCCAAUACAUAUACACCAAAAUCACAAGGAAAUUAUUAUACAAAAUAUGGAAAACACAGCCCUCUAUCGACGUCUACCACUUGAUGAAUUGAGAAAUAAUAGACAUUCGGAAGAUCUACGCUUCAUAUCUGCUUUUCCGAGUAAUGCCGGAAAUAAGGAGUUAAUUUAUAAUAGGGGACCAGAGGUGAAGGACUUCAAUUUCCAAUGCAAUGAAAAAGACAUAAUGAAAGACAUUCUUCAAAGAGAAAAUCCGUUGGUGGAUCAAGAAAAUGUGACGGUACGAGCUCAAAAACGAGCGUGACGGUUGGAAGACCACCCAAGGCGAAUAAGAGAGUGGACAGAACUGCGCAAACAUUAGUCUUUCCUGUUUGAACUCCAAGCUUUUUUUGAUAUACAAAUUGUUUCAUUCCUUGCUGAUUCAGAAUAUAAUCCUUGAUUAAAGGUGUAAGUAUUUAGGUGAAUAGUUGCACCGCGUUGUUUGUUGGAGCAAUGGAGCCUCGAAUUGAAAUAGACUCUCAUCGAGUUGAUAGCACGAACAAGAUUUACGUAAUGCAACAAAA